GACGUCAUUGCGUCAGCUGCAUUCAAAGAGGGAUACGAUUUUGUCAGGGUAAAUUGUAUUUGCUCCAUAACAACUCGGCUAGUAAUCAUGACGAACCAACUUUGUAAGCUGUUUGUCGGUGGAUUGAACGUCGAGACUACAGACGAUGGACUUCGGCAACAUUUCGAGCAGUACGGCCAGUUAACCGACUGCGUAGUGGUUCAGAACCAGCAGCUACAAAGGUCCCGGUGCUUCGGCUUUGUAACCUACUCAAGCGCGGAGGAGGCCGAUGCAGCCAUGGCCGCCAGGCCACAUGUCGUCGAUGGUACCAACGUGGAGUUAAAAAGGGCCGUUGCACGGGAAGAUGCCGGUAGGCCAGAGGCACUCGCCAAAGUUAAAAAAAUAUUUAUCGGUGGGUUGAAAGACGACAUAGAAGACGACCAUUUGAAUGAUUAUUUCUCUCAAUUCGGGGCAAUUGAGAAGGCCGAAGUAAUCAGUGACAAACAGACUCUCAAAAAAAGAGGAUUUGGCUUUGUCUAUUUUGAAGAUAAUGACUCUGCCGACAAAGCAGUGGUGCUGAAGUUCCACACAAUCAAUGGGCACAAAGUGGAGGUGAAGAAGGCCCUCACCAAGCAAGAGAUGCAGUCAGCCGGUGGUCGGGGAAGAGGCGGGCGAGGAAUGAGAGGGUCUCAAAAUGGCUACGACGGCGGAAGAGGUGGCGGCUACGGCAACUAUGGCGGUAAUUAUGGAGGAAAUGAUGGCGGCUACGGUGGCGGCUACGGCAAUGGAGGUGGUUACGGUAACCAAGGGGGAUACGGAGGAGGUUAUGGAGAUCAAAUGGGGAGCAGUUAUGGUGGGAACGGUUAUAAUGACUUUGGCGAAGAUUACGGACAGCAGUCCUCCGGCUAUGGUGCAAUGAAAGGUGGUAAUUAUUCAGGCAGGAGCGCAGCACCGUACUCCCGUGGAGGCGCCAGUGGUUAUGGCAGGGGUGGAUAUGGUGGUUAUUAGACACCGUUGGCCACAUUUGACCCAAUAAUUUGAAAUGUUCUGAUUUUCUGAUUCAAUGACCUGCAUUUACACACGGGUCAGAGUUGCCCAUUUCUUUGUUGCUACUAUUUUAUUAAAGUACUCGUGCCCCUCGCCCACCCUGAUGUACCCUCCCCCCCACCGGACUACACCAUUGCCCCUAGGCGGCGCUACUAAAGACAUGAUGGACACAUUAUUACCAAUUCAACUUUCUGACUUGUCAAUGUAGUGUAGUGAUUCCCUUUCAAUAUUUUUUUUAUUUAAUUGUAGUUAACGUCGCUGCUUCCAAGACUUUGGUAUGAUACUGUAUGUCAUUAGUACCAGCCAGGUUAAUAACAAGACAUAUUGCUUUAGCAACAUGAAACUCAGGGGUAUUAAUGGAUUUGAAAGCAGUCUUAGUGUAUGCUUGUGUUUUUAAGAUCAUAAUAUUUCGUGUCAAAGUAUUAAGUACUUAUGGUUAUUGUAUUAUUAUACUUUUUUUUAAUGGUUAUCUCCAAAUGCUUUUCUCCAUCCAAGAUGUGCUGUUCAAUACCUUGCAAAGCAAUGCAGUUUUGUGGAAUGUUACUUAAAUAUUAGUUGGCUAUUGAGCCUAACUCUCUUGGCUGUAUUAAAGUUUUUAAUGUUUGAAAGCAA